GGUCAUAGGAUGUGGGGUUACGCAUGGGGCGUGAGAAAAUAAAGUGUGGGAAAGAGUGGGCGUUCGCGGCGUAGUAAAACAUUUGAUAUGUUGUAGUGAACCGAACACAUAUUUACGAACGCAGUGCACCAGUAGCAAUCGUUUCGUUUUGUAGAUGUGUGCGUAGCCCUAGUGGGUACAUUGAGCUCAUGGAGCGAAAUAGUUGCGAUGUGUGAGGAAGAGACCGACGAUUGACCGGAGAUCUCGUGGGAAACGACCUUUGUUAUGUACACUGAUAUAUACAUUAGUAUAAACAAAAAAUCUAUUCUGGAAUUUAAUCGCACGCGAUGGGAGUCACUGGACUGUGGAGGCUAAUAGAGCCAGCCGGCAAACCCGUGCCGGUCGAGACUUUGGAAAACAAAGUGCUGGCAGUCGACAUAUCAAUAUGGUUGCAUCAGAUGGUAAAAGGAUAUCAAGAUGCAAAAGGAGCUCCUAUACCAAAUGCUCAUCUUAUGGGACUGUUCCAACGUCUCUGCAAACUGUUAUACUUUAGAAUUAAACCAGUCUUUGUAUUUGAUGGAGCAUUUCCAGAAUUGAAAAAGGAAACUAUUGCCAAGAGGCAAGACAGUAAAGCGAAAUAUAAUUCAGAAUCUGAAAGAAUAAAAAGAGAGCUUGCAUUAUUAUUGAGUAAGAAGACAGCCGUAAGCAGUAUAUUGGGCAAAGAAAUAACACCACCAAAAAGUGGCCAAACAUCUAUAGACAAAGAUGACAUUUUCAAAUUGCCAGCAUUACCACAAAAAGAAGAUGAAAGUGAAUCUGAAUCUGAAGAUGAACAAAAUUCAAGUGGGUCUAGUAUUGAUGUACAUUCGAUAGACAUACAGUCGGAAACUUUCAAAAAUUUAGGAGUCAAAGAAAAAUAUGAUGUCCUUAUAGAACUUAAGGAAACUAGGAAAAUGAAUUCGUGGGGCAGAUUACAUGAGUUGCCAAAGGAGAGCAACACAUUUUCAGAUUUUCAAAUGCAAAGGCUAUUAAAAAGAAGAAAAGUACAAGAAUGUCUUGAGGAGACUGAGAAAGAAAUGGGUGAUACGGGCAUGUCUUUAAAUGAUUUAGAAUCUUUACUAAAUGAAGAAGGCAUUGAUACUAAAAUAGAUACACUUCCCACAAAACGCAUUGCUUCUAAUGUUUCUACACGAUUUUUACUUAUCAGAGAUGUUAAAAAAGCUUUAGCGGAAGCAAAGCAAAGAAAUCAAGCUCAAAACAACCCCACUACAAGCAAAAUUGAAGAAAUUAGUGAAAAAGAUGAUAAUAUUAAAGCAACAACAAGUAAAGAUACUGAAAUAACAGAAAUUAAGGAAGAAUCCCCCAAAAAACUUGAUGAGUUAGAAGAUGAUUUACAAAAAGCAAUCCAAAUGUCCUUAGAGUGUGUUGAUGAACCCAAACAAGAUACAAGUGUAGUUUCUAAAACUGAUGACUCAUGGACAUCUUGCAUGACAGACACCGAUUAUUCUGAUACUGAUUCAGAAGAAGGUGAUGGCUUUGAACAACCAGAUAUGACAUGUGCUAAAGCUUACAUCAUGCAAUAUAGUGAUUUCACACACCAAGCUAUUGAUAAAAUUGUUACUGAUAGACAUAAAGGUAAAAGUAAGAAAAAAAUACCUAAAGUGGAUGAGAUAUUGAAUGAAAUUAACAAAGAAAAGUCAAUAAUAGUUGAUAAUGUGCAACUGUCAUCUGGUGAUGAAGAUGAUGAAAGUCCUGUAAUAAUUAGUAGUAGCGAAGAAAAUAAUAAAAUCACUGCCAUUGAAGAGAAUACUUCAUCUUCAGAUGAUCAAGACACAGAUAAAUAUUUAGAUUCCACUCAAGCAUCAGUAAUUUGUGUUGAAAAUCCAGUGCAAGAAGUCAUAGAUCUUGAUUCUAGCAUAGAGGAAGUAGAAAAUAUUAAAACUGUUUUACCAUCAGAAAACGUAACACAGGAAAGUAAUUCCAGUGAUGAAAUUGAAGAAGUCGCGAAUAGUGAUAAUAAGUCUGAAAAUGAAUCUAGUGAUAGUGAUUUUGAAGAAGUACCUGAAGAGAAUACUGAAGUUAAAAAACCUGUUGUUGAACUUACUUUAAAUAUGGGCAAUGCACCUGACGAUGAUAUAUUUGCAGAUAUCUUUGAAAAACCAGAGCAUCCUAAAGAAGAUAAAAAUAAAGCAAUAAAUGAAACUAAAGUCGAUAAUGAGGUGUUAACACCUAAAAGUAUUUUAGUAGAUAAUGUAUUUAAAGUACCUGAGGUUCCUGUACUUAAAACUAGUUCUAAAAUUAUCCCACUAACCAAUUUAAAUCCAGAUAGUGAAAGCGAAAAGAAUCCUGAAAAACCAAGUGAAACAAAUGUAGAUAAUGCAGCCAAUACUGUAAUUCAAGAUAAUGUAGAACCUGCAAAAUCAAGUGAAAGUGCAGAUGUAAUUGUGGAACCAGAAAAACAAAACCAUCUCAUAAAAACACCUAAUCCACCUAAACAAACCUUAACUACAGAACAACUGACCUCCAUGGUUGAAGAUAUACAAAAUGAAGAACAAGAUUUAAUGCAAGAGAAGGGGAGAUUAGAUCGUAUAGGGCGAAAUAUUACUGAACAAAUGACAAAGGAAGCUCAAGAACUACUUCAGAUAUUUGGCAUUCCUUAUAUUGUCGCCCCAAUGGAGGCAGAAGCACAAUGUGCCUUCCUAGAAAGUGUGAAUCUAACAGAUGGAACAAUAACUGACGACAGUGACAUCUGGUUGUUUGGAGGUAGAACUGUGUAUAAGAAUUUCUUUAACCAAAAGAAACAUGUUUUGCAGUUUUUAGCUGAGAGGAUAGAAAAAUCUUUUAAUUUAAAUAGGGAACAACUUAUUCUGUUGGCAUUGCUUGUGGGUAGUGAUUACACAACGGGUUUGUCUGGUGUGGGCCCAGUUACAGCAAUGGAGAUUCUAGCAUCAUUCCCAUUCAAUAAAAGGCAAUUGCUCAGUGAAGAGUCAAAGCAAGCUCGUUAUGCCCAAAUGGUGAAGGGAUUACAAGAAUUCAAACAAUGGGUGAGGGCAGGCAAGAGAACUGACAACACUAGUUUGAAGAAAAAGCUCAAGAAUGUUGCUCUUACUGAAGAAUUUCCUAGUGUGCGGGUGGUUCAGGCUUACUUGGAACCUAACAUAGAAAAAAGUGAGGACAAGUUCACUUGGGGCGAAUUAGACAUUACAAUAUUGCGAGAUUAUACAAAAGCUAAGUUUGGUUGGUCUCAAAACAAAUUAGACGAAAUUAUCAAACCAGUUUUAAAACGAAUGCAAGAUCGUAAAACGCAAAGAUCCGUGCAGGACUUCUUCAAGAGAAAAGUAGAAUUCCAGUCAUUAGAAGAACAAAUGAGUAAGAGGGUUAAAGCCGCAGUACAAAAAAUGGGCCCUGAAGGACCUCUUGCGUUAGAAAUUGAGAACGCUGAUGCAAGUAAUAAACCAGCAGCACCAAAAAGAAAAUCCACGAAAAAAGAUACCACUAACAGUAAAAAUAAAGCUGGACCAUCGGCCGCGAAACAACGCAAAAAUUGCGAAGAAGCAGCUGUACUUUUAAAUCAAGGUGUAAAAGUUGUAACACAGAUCAAAGACGGUAAAUCGGAGCUCGAAAUAAAAAUACCUAAAACAGACCGUUUCCAAGAACUAAUCCCACAAAGAGAGCAAGAUAAAAGGAGUUUAUUAGAAAACAAAAUGAAGGCAAUCGAGUUAUUCCGUAAAACUAAACUUGAUCAGAAGAGGAAACAAUUUAAACGCAAAGCAUUGCAACCAAAAGAGAAGGCUGAGCUUUCUGAAAGUGAUAGUGAUUAAGUAAUUUAUCUUUUUUAUUUAAUGUUAUACAAUAAAAUUAAAGGCGGUUUUAAAA